AUGAGUGGCUGGCACCGGCGUCAUCCUUGCGACUGGCCUCUUCUCGACAAGCCUCUGGGUGCGUCCACAUGGUGCCGACUGCCACCGGAGCUGGUGCUGCACGUCGUAGAGAGCGCAAGCUGGCUCGUGCCUGCCGACACGCUCACGAGAUGGUGCUUGGUAGAUCGAGCCUGGUAUCGACGCACCAUCGUGCCGCUCUACGCAUGUGUGGCGCUGUCACCUCGCGAUGACGAUGCGCUAGGCGCGUUGCGUAUCGAGAGAUUCUGCAAGACCAUCUCCUGCAGCAAGCAGCUGGCUGCUUAUGUCAAGGCGCUCGACUUCGCCGUCAGCAGAGAGGAACAUGGUAUCGCCAAUCAGGAUCAGUAUCUCGCCAUCUUGACGCACUGCCGAAACCUCAUCUACCUGCGCAACUUGCAACGCCUUCGAGAUCCCGAAGACACCUAUCUGCCGUCCGUACCGUCUGGAGCACUUGCACGGCUGCGCUGGCACGACUCGGACCUCCGAGCGUUCGAAGAGCUCGUCGAGUCGGUCUUCAAGCCGUUGCACUUUCGCAGCAAUCCGGAUGCGCGGGGCAUCGAGCGAUCCGAUCUUAUCGCGCUGGAUGCGAGGUCGUGCAGUCGCAUGCUCUACGAUCUCCGGCUCAUCGCACGACUGCCUAGCGUCCACAAGCUGCCCAAAGGAUUCCUGCGCAAUAUGGCGGUUCACCAGAUGCCUCGGCAAAAGCUCAUGGCCGCUCGAUGCAGCAAGCAGUACCAGAAUGAUCGGAUUGGCAUGCAGAUCGCUGUGGGAGUGCUCAACGUGGUGUCGCGGAUCCUACCGCAGCUCGAGCUCGUCGAGAUCUACCUGGCCGAUCGCGACUGCUUCACAGGUGCCCCUUCGCACUUUGUAUCCAAAGCGAGCGCCACGGGACUACCUUGUCUGUAUCCUCGUUCCUUCUGGCAAGACCUUGUUCGCCAGAUGAUGGCCUCAGCGCCGUUUCCCUUCGCUGUGGCCUUCUAUCACGUCUGCUCCAAUGAAGUUGGUGACGCACCGGGCUUCGACAUCGGCGGCGAUUAUGAUGAACCGUCAGACUCGAUUUCCAGCCCGGAGUAUCCGUACACGAUCGAGGAAGACGAGGACAUUCUGCGUCGCAACACGACUGGCGCCGGUUGGCAGGAGCCGUUCCUGCUGUUGCCUCAUUCUUCGCAUGUUGUGCCAAUCAAAUUCAAAGGAGGGUACCGCUCGCUACCCUUUUCGACUUACAAGAAGGACGACAAGCCAGCAUGGGAUGUGCUGAUCGAUCCGCCGCCCGAGAUGAUGCCCGACCAAACCAGGAUGGCGGAUGCGCAGGAGGAGUGGGAUGUCGAGUCGAUGCUCGGCACAAGUCGACCCCGCUUGUCACCGAUGCAUCCUCUCACACCUCGUCGAGGCUCGCUGGACUGGCUGCGUCUUGUCAGUCGCAAUCUCGAGUUUGGCAAGCACGACCUGUUCCUCUGA